AUGUAUGCCUGUGCAAAGUUCGUUCAGCCCACAUCUCGAUGCUUGAGCAUCCUCAGCCGGGUAGCCUUGCGGCCAAUCGGCAGCACAGUGGUUAUGAAACAAGAGCAUGCACCAAAUGCCAGCCUCUCAAGUUACAGUGGGAUCUCAGCUUUGAAUCUAGAAUCCAGAUUUAGCAAUACAUCAUCCCUUCUUACACAGAUCCGAUCUUUCCAGACCAGUGCAGUUCAGCGUGAUAUUGAUCAGGCCGCUAAAUAUAUUGGUGCUGGAGCAGCAACUGUUGGUGUUGCUGGCUCAGGUGCUGGAAUUGGCAGUGUCUUUGGAAGCCUGGUGAUAGGCUAUGCCCGCAACCCCUCAUUGAAGGGCCAGCUCUUCUCCUUCGCCAUCUUGGGGUUUGCCCUGUCCGAAGCUAUGGGUCUCUUCUGUCUGAUGAUGGCCUUUUUGCUGCUGUUUGCAUUUUAA